CCAGACACAAUGUUAUAGGAUUGCAAAGUUUCAUUGCUAGCUCCAUUUCAUGCUUACCACCAGAUGUAACCAUGCACGGUGAAUAUGAUCGCAAAGUUUCAAAGGCUAGCUCCACUUCACACUUCUAUGUAUCAACCACCGGCUGCUUACAUAAAUUCUUUGUUGAAGAGCCAGCGUCUAAUUGGUGUCUGGAAGCUUUUAUGAACAGGUUUAUAGAUGAAGAAACGGACUUGGACUUCAAACAAUCAAAAGAGUUUUUUUUGUCCAAUUUGACCCAAAUCAAAAACCAAAAGAACAUAGAUAAUCCUAUUCGGUUGUUUUGUUCUAAUUAUAUUGGCUGGAUAGAGACAUGGAAAGGACAAGCCGUUUCGAACGCAUGUUGCGAGUUUUUUCAAGAAAGCAAAAGAUUAAAAACACAUUUACGACAGAAGCACAAACACAAUGAAAUUGCUGAGGAAUGCAUUUUUGAAAAUGCAAAAUAUGUGGCAUUUAACAAUACAAUUAGUCAAAGAACCCAGAGAAAAACACAAACACCUCCACCUCAAUCACCACAAUCCCUGAUGCCAAUAAUGCCGAACAAAAGAAUUGUCAAACACGAAGAAGUUAAAUAG